AUGGAGCCGGAUUUGCUUUUUGAUAGUCAGCAGUUGAUCAAGGAGGCCCAAUCCGCUGACGAUGUGGUCAGAAGAAGUGCUGAAGCUCAACUUUUAGAGCUCUCUGAUCGCGAUGCCUCACUCGUGUUCCUUUCGUUCAUGAAAGUUGCUAGUGAUUCACAGGAACUUCUUUCUUCCCGGCAAUUUGCAUUAGUCUCGCUAAGGAAACUUAUAACAAUGUAUUGGAGUCCUGGCUUCGAAUCUUAUAGAUCAUGCUCGAACCUGAAGGAGGAAGCUAAAGAGACAGUAAGAGACUAUCUCCUGAAACUCUGUCUAAAUGAUCAGGAAAUAUCCAAAGUCAUUAGCGCAGCAGCAUACUGCGUUGUCCAAAUUUCAGCGGUUGACUUUCCUGACCAAUGGCCUAAAUUACUCACAGUACUCUACGAUGGGAUCCUUAAUAAGCAUUCACUUUCAGCAAUGUCGCUAUUAACUGAAAUCUAUGACGAUGUCAUGUCAGAAGAGAUGUUUUUCGAGGAAGGUAUCGGAUUGGAGACCAUUCGCAUCGUAUUUCAGAUUGUUAGAGAUCCAAACACCAACUUGGAGGCAAAAUUGGCGGGAUUUAACUUAUUUCAUGCUUGCUUGCAGCAAAUACUGACAGUCGAUCUUAAUUCAGCUCCAAAACGGAAAGAGAUGACAGUCGAGUGCGCUAAAGAAGCCCUUACGGUUUGGGGUGAACAUUUGCAAAGUCACUCCAUCACGGAACAUUCAUUGCAAUUGCAAAUUAAGGGAAGGAUUUACGAGGAUUUGUCUUUGAUGAAGAACGAGUUAUCCAAGAAGUUGAUCCCAGAUGCUCUUUACGUGCCUUUCAAAGAACUAGUGUUGAUUGACCUAGAGACAGCUGGUAAAGUUUAUCUCUCAAUUUCCCAGGGCUUUGUCGAAGGGUACCGACUGGAUGACUUGAAUGAAUGUGCCAUUCACAUAAUCGAAUUUCUUACAGCCACAUGCCAUUUCACCAUGGAUUCAGCAGAAGUUGAAAGAAUCAUCACAGCUUUGGGUGAGCUGUGCUGUCUGGAUAACGAUACAGUCACCCUUUGGUUGGAAGACUUCAAUAGUUAUAUCUCUAUGGAAAGUGGAUUGACGGCAUCAUACAGUGUUAGAGAUCAAGCAUCGGAGCUACUUACUUCGAUGGACGGGCGAAACUAUAGCCUAGUUUGUCAGCAUAUUCUCUACAAGGUGUCUCAUUUGAACGAGUGGAAGCAAGAGUGGAAAUUUCAGGAGUCUUUCUUGUUCUUGGUACAAGCGGCAGCUCUUAAUGAAUCCUUACCAUCUGGCAAUUUCAUCAACGAGAUAAGAGAAGUUUUAUCCUUCUUAGGAUCAAUGCUAUGCUCUGAGGAUGUUGUCAGCUUUGUCAGCUCUAGAAUUAUACUUUUAUUGCCCAAGAUCCUUGAAAAGUACAUGGACCUUUUGGAUGAUGUCAGGAUAUUAACUUCUCAUCUCCUAACGAAGUCAGCGGAAUUAGCUCUCGCGACCAAUGAUGAUAUUAUAAAAGCCUCUGUUCUAAUAGCCUUCACGUAUUGCUCGAAUUUUGCUGAACUAUCAUCGGUCCUUGGACAAGAAGUGUGUGAAAUUACUCAAAAGAGAGUUUUAGGUUUGAUUGCACGAAUCUCUGAGGAUGCGGAAGAUGAUACGGACGGGGUGCUUAUGGAGGUAUUGAACAAUGUUAUUGACUGCAAUACUCCAGGAGUGCCCAACAACGAGAUUGUACAGACAGAGUUUUCCCUAGUGUUGAAGAUUUCGGCGAAGGAUCCAGCUAAUAUACAGAUUGUUGUCGAGUCACAGGAAUGCCUUGAAAAGCUUCUAGAAAACCUGGAUAUUGACCACUAUAAGAAUUACGUCGAGACUUGGUUGCCGUCUUUCAUGAAGAGCAUUGAGGGGAGUGCUCAGACCAAGUAUGCAUAUUCUCCACUACUCUCACUCGUUUUGCAAUUCUUGACCACCUUCCUAAAAAAACCGACAGACUACCAGCUGCCAACAGUCAUGUGUAACCUGACUUUUGAGCCAUUACGCCAAAUUUUAUUGAAUUCAGAGGAUGAUGAGACAAUACAACUAGCUACCGAAGCUUUCAGCUAUUUUCUCUAUAACACCGAUCCUACGGUAGUAGCACCCCACUUAGAGGCCAUCGUCGCGAUAUUGGAUAGACUACUUUCAUUUGAUGUAUCGGACGCUGCUGCCAUGUAUGUGGGAUCACUAAUAGUCACAGUGUUCACAAGAUUUUCUACCGAAAUAGAGAACAUGAUGCCUAUCAUCCUUAGGGCUGCAGCCAAUAGGCUCAUUCAAGCCAAGCAUCUAUCCACAUCUCAAAAUCUUUUAUCUGUCUUCUGCUUCUUAACGUCAGUCGACCCUCGACAAACCGUCGAUUUCCUUUUCGGUUUACAUCUUGACAACACCGAGCAUAAUGCUCUUUAUUCGAUAGUUUCAAUCUGGUUAGAGUCCUUCGAGUCGAUCAGAGGUGAGAGAAGAACCAAAGAAAAUGUGAUAGCUCUCAUAAAGUUAUAUCUACUACAUGACAAGAGAUUGAUGGAAAUGCAAGUCAACGAUGAAAUUAUACCAUAUGAAGGUGAGCAAAUCAUAACAAGAUCCAUGGCUAAGAAGAUGCCGGACAGAUACUCACAAGUCUCGGUGUACACCAAGAUUAUCAAGCUUUUUGUUGCGGAACUCAAUUUCCAGGACAAACAACCAGACCCAGAACGAUUUAUCACUAGCGAUAUGGCUAAAGAAGGCAAUAACGGUAAUAGUGAUAAUGACACAGAUUCUGAUGGUGAGUGGGAGGAUGUGGAAGAUGUGCUCAACUACGAGAAGUUACAAGAGUAUGUCGAUGAAAGUGACCAAGAUGGUGAAGGCUCUGAUUCCGACGAUUUCUUCGCCAGUGCAAUCGAUGAGUAUUCCAAUGCGAGCGUUAGAGACAUUCUUGUAUCAUUUUUCAAGGAAGUUGCAGCCAACAACACUGGUGGAUUCAGAGACAUUUAUAACUCAUUGACGGAAGUUGAGAAGAAAAUUUUGAGUGAAAAUUUGGUCUAA